GAUCUCCGCGCACCGGCCUGGACUAGGGGCUGCGGAUGGCAGCGCUGUCUCCGUGGGCAGCAUGAGUUUGGCGGGGGGCCGGGCCCCUCGGAAGACCGCUGGGAACCGGCUUUCCGGGCUCCUGGAAGCCGAGGAGGAAGAUGAGUUCUACCAGACGACUUACGGGGGUUUCACAGAGGAAUCUGGAGAUGAUGAAUAUCAGGGGGACCAGUCUGAUACGGAGGACGAGGUGGACUCCGACUUUGACAUUGAUGAAGGAGAUGAACCAUCCAGUGACGGAGAAGCAGAGGAGCCCAGAAGGAAGCGCAGGGUUGUCACCAAAGCCUAUAAGGAGCCUCUAAAAAGCUUGAGGCCUCGAAAGGUCAGCACCCCAGCAAGUAGCUCUCAGAAGGUCAGAGAGGAGAAGGCACUGCUGCCCCUGGAGCUACAGGAAGACGGCUCUGACAGUCGGAAGUCUAUGCGUCAGUCUACAGCCGAGCACACGCGGCAGACUUUCCUUCGGGUUCAAGAGAGGCAGGGACAGUCGCGGAGGCGGAAGGGUCCCCACUGUGAUCGACCACUCACCCAGGAAGAGCUGCUCAGGGAGGCCAAGAUCACAGAGGAGCUGAACUUACGAUCGCUAGAGACCUAUGAAAGGCUUGAGGCUGACAAAAAGAAGCAGGUUCACAAGAAGCGGAAGUGCCCUGGGCCAAUCAUCACCUACCAUUCACUGACAGUGCCGCUCGUUGGGGAACCCGGUCCCAAGGAGGAGAAUGUGGACGUGGAAGGACUUGAUCCUGCUCCUGCAGCUUCUGCAUUGACCCCACACACUGCGACUGGAGCUGCCGGCGCUCCUGCUCACUGCUCACGCACCUUCAUCACAUUUAGUGAUGAUGCAACAUUUGAAGAGUGGUUCCCCCAAGGGCGCCCCCCAAAGGUCCCUGUGCGGGAGGUCUGCCCAGUGACCCACCGUCCAGCUUUGUACCGCGACCCUGUAACAGACAUACCCUAUGCCACUGCUCGAGCCUUCAAGAUCAUUCGUGAGGCCUACAAGAAGUACAUCACUGCCCAUGGACUGCCUCCCACUGCCUCGGCCCUCGGGCCCGGUCCCCCGCCCCCUGAGCCACUCCCUGGCUCUGGGCCCCGGGCCUUGCGGCAAAAAAUUGUCAUCAAGUAGACGCUCGCUCCUUAGGAACGUCUUUAGGAACGUCUUUCUUCUGCCGACCUGGGCUGAUAGGUCCGCCGUUCCCUUUGUCCUCGCUCAUCUUUGCUCUGGGUUUUGUUUUGUUUUAAAUCAUUUCCUUCCCUAGUUCAUUCUGGUUUUGUUUUGUUGUUUUUUUCAAUUCUAAUAAAAUGGUAAAAUCCC